AUGAGGUUUUCUGGAGUUCCAUGGUUGUCUUUUAUUGUUACGGUCAUUCUCUUCUCACUGUUACAGGCUCCAUCUUUUUCUGUUGGUAAAAAGUCUUUUGUUGUGUACUUGGGUGCGCACACACAUGGACCAGAAAUUACAUCUUCGGAUCUAGAAAAAGUCACUCAUUCUCAUUAUCAGUUAUUAAGUACUGUUUUAGGAAGUCAUGAGAAGGCUAGAGAUUCGAUAUUUUACUCAUAUACAAGAUAUAUAAAUGGUUUUGCUGCAACCCUGGAUGAUGAACAUGCACAAGAAAUUUCCAAACAUCCGGAUGUUAUAUCUGUCUUUGAAAACCGAGGAAAGCAGCUACACACCACCCGUUCAUGGAACUUUCUAGGACUGGAAUCAGAUAGCGGUGAAAUCUCGUCUCACUCGGCAUGGGAUAUGGCGAGGUAUGGCGAAGAUACCAUCAUUGCCAACCUUGACACUGGAGUGUGGCCAGAAUCAAAGAGCUUUAGUGACGAAGGAAUGGGACCGAUUCCAUCCAGAUGGAAAGGCAUUUGUCAGAACAACACUAGAGAAGGAGUUCUUUGCAAUAGGAAGUUGAUUGGAGCAAGAUACUUCGACAGUGGCUAUGCAGCCUAUCUUUCAGAAGUAGAUCCAUCAAAAAUCCCAGUAAAUGCAUCGGCACGUGAUGACGAUGGACAUGGAACCCAUACAUUAUCAACGGCUGGUGGUAACUUCGUGCCAGGUGCUAAUGUGUUUGGUUUUGGGAAUGGUACAGCCAAGGGUGGAUCCCCGAAAGCUCGUGUUGCUGCUUACAAAGUCUGUUGGAAAUCGAUAAACGAGAGUGGUGGAUGUUUUGAUGCUGAUAUCCUUGCUGCAUUUGAAGCUGCUAUUCAUGAUGGUGUUGAUGUCAUAUCUGCAUCUAUUGGCGGACCUCCUUCUGACUACUUCAAUGAUGGUAUUGCCGUUGGUUCGUUCCAUGCAGUGAUGCAUGGAAUCACUGUAAUCAUGUCAGCCGGUAAUGACGGACCUGCGGAUGGAUCGGUGUCUAACGUCGCUCCAUGGAUAUUAACAGUUGGUGCUAACACGAUUGACAGGGAGUUCCCUGUUAAAAUUGGACUUGGCAACAGGAAGCACCUCAAGGGGCAGAGUUUAUAUCCGAAGGCAUUGCCAGUUCGGAAAUUUUAUCCUUUGAUUGACGGUACAGCGGCAAAAGCAGUGAAUUCAACAGAUCAUGAUGCCCAGUUGUGCCUUGCUGGGUCACUUGAUCCUGAGAAGGUCAAGGGUAAGAUAUUGGCAUGUCUUCGCGGAAGCAAUGGCCGAGUAGAAAAAGGUGUUGUCGCACUCCAAGCUGGCGCCGUCGGGAUGAUUCUAGCCAAUGACAUUUUGUCUGGAAAUGAAAUUGUAGCUGAUCCUCAUGUUCUUCCUGCUGCACAUAUUAACUACACUGAUGGCCUCACCUUGUUCUCUUAUAUAAAUUCGACCAAGUCACCAGAUGUUUUCAUGACGCGUGCGCGUACACAAAAUGGCGUUAAACCAGCCCCUGUAAUGGCAGCUUUCUCAUCCAAAGGACCCAAUGUUGUCACUCCUGAGAUCCUUAAGCCUGAUAUUACUGGACCAGGAGUAGCUAUUAUAGCAGCUUACACCCAAGCAGUAAGCCCUGCAGGUGAAACAGAUCCGCGUCGAAUUUUGUUCAAUGUUGAGUCUGGAACUUCAAUGUCAUGCCCUCAUGUUGCUGGUGUUGUUGGUCUUCUUAAAACACUUCACCCCCAUUGGAGUCCAUCUGCAAUUAAAUCAGCAAUUAUGACAACUGCAAGCACCCAAGAUAAUCAGAAGAUGGAAAUGCGCAAUUCAUCAAACCUCCAGGCAACACCAUUCAGCUAUGGGUCAGGACAAGUGAGACCCGACGCUGCUAUGGACCCUGGUUUGGUCUAUGAUGCAAAUGUUUUUGACUACCUGACCUUCCUCUGUGGACUUGGCUACAAUGAAACUCAACUCCAGUCUUUCACCGGAGGCAUACCUUACAAAUGCAAUAUGAAGUACGGCCUAGCCGACUUUAACUACCCAUCUAUCACUGUACCUGGUCUAGAUGGCUCAACCCAGGUGAUGAGAACCGUUAAGAAUGUUGGCUCUCCUGGUACCUACAAAGCUCUGAUACAUGCGCCUGAAGGAGUAAAGGUGUCUGUUGAGCCAAAAACGUUGACAUUUAAGAAGAUCGGUGAGGCAAAGACUUUUAAAGUGUCUUUGCAGGUUACCAAGGCUUCAUAUGAAUACGUAUUUGGGAGUCUAACAUGGACUGAUGGUGUGCAUUCUGUGAGGACCCCUAUUGUGGUGGAGUCAUUCCCUGAACGAGAUUAGACACCUCCCU